AUGAAUAAGUCCUGCACCAACCUUGCCGUUGAGUGUAAGCUCGCAAAUUGGAGUGCUAUUGCUGGGAUAGAUGCCCGCCCGAAGGUGAAAUCUGCUAAGCUGCUGAAGGUUCUGAAUUCUUUGGAAGAAGAGGCUGACGAUGACAGGGAAGACAUUUUCAUCUCUCCACCCAAGAAUGCUUCAGGGGACUUCACGGAUGAGGACUCAGGUGAUGAGGACGGCCAGCGUGCGACUCAUCUGCCAGGGAGCAUGCUGCACGCCACUGUCCUGUGUGAAGAUUCUGAAACUGGGGAAGAUAACGAUGAUCCAGAGCUGCAGCCAGCCAAGAAGAGACAGAAGACAGCAGUCAGACCUCAACGAGUUUGGAUCAAAAGGGAUCUCCAACCCAACCUUGGCAGCUGGACAGCAUCAGAUCCUCAUAUUGAGUAUCUCAAGAGUCAGGAACUGAGUCCUGUUGGCCUCUUUGAAUUGUUUUUAGAUGAAGAGACCAUUAAUUUCAUUGUCAAUGAAACGAAUCGUUAUGCUUGGCACAAAAAUGUCAACCUGGGUCUCACAGCCCAGGAAUUGAAGUGCAUUUUGGGCAUUUUGAUUUUAAGUGGGUAUAUCUCUUAUCCGAGGAGAAGGAUGUUUUGGGAAACAUCUCCUGAUUCACAUCACCACCUUGUGGCUGAUGCCAUUCGAAGGGACAGAUUUGAACUGAUUUUCUCCUACUUGCAUUUUGCAGAUAACAAUGAACUUGAUGAAAGUGACAGGUUUGCCAAGGUCAGGCCUCUCAUUGUGCGAAUGAACAGCAAUUUCCAGAAGCAUGCACCCUUGGAAGAGUUCUAUAGCUUUGGCGAGUCCAUGUGUGAGUACUUUGGGCAUCGGGGAUCCAAGCAGAUGAACACAGGAAAGCCCAUCCGCCUCGCUUACAAGAUCUGGUGUGGGACCACCAGCAGAGGCUAUUUGGUGUGGUUUGAGCCCUCACAGGGCACAUUGUUCACCAAGCCAAAUAAGGGUUUGGAUUUAGGAAGCAGUAUGGUGAUAAAAUUUGUGGAUGCACUUCAGGAGCGAGGCUGUCUGCCAUACCACAUUUUUUUUGACAAGGCUUUUACAAGUGUCAGACUGAUGUCCAUUUUGAGGAAAAAGGGGGUGAAGGCCACAGGAACUGUCCGUGAGUACAAAACGGAGAGCUGUCCCCUGAAAGAUCCCAGAGAACUGAAAAAAAUGAAGAGGGGUUCAUUUGAUUACAAGGUUGAUGAGCGUGAGGAGAUCAUUGUGUGCCGCUGGAAUGACAGUCACAUGGUCAACAUCUGCUCCAAUGCAGUGGGCAUAGAGCCUGUGAGGCUCACCAGUCGUUAUUCAGGGGCUGGAAAGACACGGACUCAGGUCCACCAGCCAUCACUGGUGAGGCUGUAUCAAGAAAAGGUGGGAGGUGUUGGGCGCAUGGACCAGAAUAUUGCUAAGUACAAGGUGAAGAUAAGGGGCAUGAAGUGGUACUCAAGCUUCAUUGGCUAUGUCAUUGAUGCUGCCCUCAACAAUGCAUGGCAGCUGCACAGGAUCUGCUACAAAGACGCUCAGGUGGACCUCCUUGCAUUCCGGAGAUAUGUCGCCUGUGUGUAUCUGGAGACUAAUGCUGACACAUCAUCCCAAGGAAGGCGGGGCAGGAGACUAGAAACAGAGAGUCGCUUUGAUAUGAUUGGCCAUUGGAUCAUCCACCAGGACAAGAGGACCCGCUGUGCACUCUGCCACUCUCAGACCAACACCCGGUGUGAGAAGUGCCAGAAGGGUGUUCAUGCCAAGUGCUUUCGGAAGUACCACAUCAGGUGAUGCCACAAGGGAGGAGCUGGGGCAGAGAGGAGCCACACUCCAUGACUGGCUGCAAAGCACACUGAAGGGUUUCCCGGUAUAUGCUCAGAGGCUUAGUUUGUUUUUAGUAACAUAUUUACUAGUUACAUGGGAGAGUUGGAGAUCUUUUGUUUUACUUGUAUGUUGGAAAAAGAGACUUGAGUCCAUGAUGAUUUAAUUUUAUGUUUUUUCUCCAUCACCAUUAUAAUUUCCUUUUUCAUUCUUCUAUGCCUUCAAAUAAUGUAAAACAAUAUUAUUCAUAUUAGGAAUCACACAGGUUUGGAAAUGUGUAUUUUAUAUGGUUAUUUCAAUUUAGAGGUCCUUUUUUGUUCGAAUAAACAUCUCCUCUGCCGAUAUGAUUGAGUUCUAGUAAGGACAAUCAAACAUAACCAAAAACGUUGGAAAAGAUAGCUUCAAUAGUAAAAAUGUCUUGCCAUCACAUUCUACGGUUUAUGAUCCAAGAUACAGAUAACACUGUUGUUA